CCCACGGCCGUGUGACGGCUUGGGGCGCUCCUCAGGCUCCGGGCACAGCGCCCAGCUGAGCGCUGCCAGCCCGCCUUCCUCACGGCACAGUGGAAAAACGGAGCAUUAAAACCAAAAAAUAACGAUGUUUAUUAAGAGCGAGUCCCGGCAGGGCCCGCCCGCUCUGCCGGGCCCGCCCGACGACUAACGGUGUCCUGCCCCAACCUCCGCCCCGGGGAGCGGCCGCGCUGCCACGGGGACACGGGCGGUGCCACCCGGGGAUCCCGGCGGAGCGAGGGCUACCAGCUGCGGGCGGCCCUGACCCCGCUCCGUGCGCGGCGAGCCGCGAGUGGCCGGUGCGGCAGGACCGUGUGGCUGAGGCAGGUGCGGCCCCGCGGUGACGGCCUCGGCGAGCACCAUGCUGCCCACCCGGUUGUGCAUCAUGAGGAAGCUUCCUUCUGUUCUGGCUAGGACAAUCACUUCUGGGACCCGUGCCUCCCCAGGGCUUCCUGACAUGUCUGAAGGACAGUCCCCCAUUCAUGUGAAUAAUGUGCGGAGCAAAUUGAGGGAUAUAGUGGGAGCAUCUACCAACUGGAGGGAUCAUGUGCAAGCCAUGCAAGAAAGAAAAGCUCUCCAUACUUUACUGGCAAAACGGCAGGAAGAUCUCCCUCCUAGGAGAAUGAAGGAUAGCUACUUGGAAGUUAUUCUGCCUCUAGGAAGUCAGCCUGAAAUAAGAGAAAAAUACCUGAAUGUAUACAACAGUGUAAGGUUUGGAAGGAUACUUGAAGAUCUUGACAGUUUAGGAGUUCUUAUCUGCUACACUCACACCAAGCAGGAAAGGCAGCAAAGGUCUCCUUUGUCCAUAGUUACAGCUCUGGUGGAUAAAAUCAAUUUGUGCCAGAAGAUUAUACGUCCAGACUGUGACAUCAAAUUCACAGGCAAUGUUUCUUGGGUUGGGAAGACCUCCAUGGAAGUGAGGAUGCACAUGCUGCAGCAACAUGAUGGGGAUUACAGCCCUGUGUUAGAUGCAACCUUUGUCAUGGUGGCCCGCGACCCAGAGAACAAACGGCCAGCAUUUGUUAAUCCACUCAUUCCUGAGAGCCCUGAGGAGGAAGAAAUCUUCAAGCAAGGGGAAUUGAACAAGUUGAAGAGGAUUGAAUUCAGCACUGCUUCCUUGCUGAAAAUGGCUCCCACUGCAGAAGAAAGAAACAUUGUGCAUGACAUAUUCCUUAACACACUGGACACAAGGACAGUGAGUUUCCGGAGUCGUAAAUUACCACCCAAUUCAGUGUGGAUGGAAGAUGCCAAACUAAAAGGCCUGCAGAUUUGCCAUCCUGAGGAACGGAACAUCUUCAAUAGGAUCUUUGGGGGUUUUCUCAUGAGAAAGGCAUUUGAACUGGGAUGGGCAACUGCUUGCAGCUAUGGGGGUUCCAGACCCUUUAUUGUAUCUGUUGAUGAUAUCAUGUUUCAGAAGCCAGUAGAAGUUGGAUCCUUAUUACUGCUUUCUGGACAGGUCUGUUACACAGAAAAAAACUACAUCCAAAUUCGAGUACACAGUGAAGUUUACAAUGCAAAUACCAAGGAGCACCAUACUACCAAUAUUUUCCAUUUUACAUUUAUAUCAGAAAAUGAGGUCCCACAAGUUGUACCUAAGACAUAUGGAGAGUCCAUGUUGUAUUUAGAUGGGAAGCGCCACUUUACUGCAGUCAUGAAAGAAAUCUGACAGGCACUGGGUGCUGCAGCAGCAGGGCAGCAGCAUGCUGCCUUGGCAAGAGCUGUCACUAGAGGUGGCUAAUGGACAGGUGCUUGUAAUACUCAAAAAAACCCCAACAACCACCCAAAACCAAACCAACCAAACCCAAACUC